GGUUCCUAGCUGCCACAAAUUCUCAGCAAGCCAAUAUGAAAGCCGUGUUCGCCGUGGUGAUCCUGGGCGCGGCAGCCGCCGCCUUUGCUACUGCAGCUCCCACCAAUCCCAGCACCGGCAGUACCGGCCAGCAGCGUCAGCAGUACCAACCUAACGAGAGACGCGAUGUCGGAGUGGGGGAUGUGAACUUCGGCGAUAAGAGUUUCAACCCCAACGUCAAUGUAAAUAACAGCCACUAUCCUUCCCACGGUGUAUCCAGCGCCUCCGGAGUGAGUAGGGUGAACUUCGGCGUCGGUAGCUUCAACCCCGAUGUCAAUGUAAACAACACCGCCUACCCCUCUGGGCAGGUACCCAUUGGAAACUACCACCCUCUGCCCUGCAACAAGCAGCGAACUCCCCUCUGUCAAUAAAUCCAGCUACAGCUAAUCCCUUGACAUCUACCCGUGUGCCGUCGUUCUGUUUACAGUGUCUGCCUGAACCCACAGUACUGAGUUCAUAGACUACCCAUCACUUGAUCCUUUAUACUGUAUUCUGCUUGUAUCCAGUUUGU